UCAUUCAUUAUUUUCUCUCUAUUUUGUUAUUGCAAAGACAUUUAGUUGUAUACCGAAUUGUUAUCGUUAUCCAAAUGUUUAAAGAUAAUUUUUUACUUAGAAAUCUAUGUAAAUAAAUAUGUGAUAAAGCAGUGUCCGUUAAUUCGAGAUUGGAAGAGAUUUUAGUUUCAUGGUGUCAAUAUAUAACGAAGAAUUUAAUCUUCUCUGUGAAAGUUAAGAAUAGUUGUCAGUAAUAAAUGAAUUCAUUAAAUAUUUAACCAAUAUGAAGUAAACAGUAAUAUAAAAAAAUAUGCCAUGUAUGCCCCAGAUCAUAGAAGAAAGGAAGCAAGAGAUGUUAUGUACCGCAGUAACUCAAGUCUUGACUUGAUAUAUGCUGAUCAUCCUUCUGGAAACAGCUUGAGACGAGAAUAUGGUAGUCACGGUUCUAUCGACGUGAUAGGAGGUGCCAACGAUCGGCUUCCGGCAAUGGUACAUAACUACAGUGUUAUUUCUGCAUCAGAUAAGCCUCCUGGACUGGUGAGACCCAAUGAUCGACUCGCAAACGCUUUAAACAGCGACCAUGCAGAUGGUCCGCAACCUAGAGCUAGUGCAAGCCCCAAACCUCGACUAAAACUUAAUAAAUUGUGGGGUGGUAAUGCACCUGUAUUAUCUCGCCAACCACUUGACGAUGGUUCAUUAGCAACCAUUUCGGAUGCUUGUAAAAGAAAACAAUUUGCACAUUAUGACUGUCAGUCGCUUACAGCCAACUUGAGCUAUGCUGCAGAAAUUCGUGGAGCCUUACUUAGUCGACGUCGUAACACCACAACAGGAGCAUCUGCUGCAUCUCUACUAGCAACCCGUGGUCUACCACCAGGCGAAGAUUCUGUACCUGAUACUGGUGAUGGACGAUCUAAUGAACUCUUAGACAGUUGUCCAUUCUUCAGGAAUGAAUUAGGUGGUGAAGAAGAACGAUGUGUUUCUCUGUGCUGGCGAACAGCUCGUGGACCCAUCUUAGGUCAGAAUGGAGGAUGGCACCGACCAAGAGCUGCAUAUGGCAUAUCAGUUCUGGAGUUUCCUCCUGGCCGUUCGCAUUGGCAACAUGGUUGUCCAUUUGCAAAAUCACCUGUACCCCUACCAGUUGAAAGUCAAGACUUAGGUGCCUUAUAUUAUAGACAUUAUUUCAAUAAUCAACCUCAUCAAAAUUGGUUCGGUAUGGACGAAAACUUAGGACCGAUAGCUAUAUCGAUUAAAAAAGAACGAGUGGAGCUCCGACGAGGUGGUGGAGGUGACGCAUCGGCGCCGGCUUCCCAGCUCGCAUGGCAAUAUAGACUCAUAGUGCGCACGUCGGAACUUCUUACACUAAGGGGCACUGUGCUUGAGGAUGCUAUCCCCGCAGCAAAGCCUAGCAAUAACAGCGCUAAUUAUAUUACUAAAGAAGUACUCGAGUAUGUUGCACCCGAACUGCAGUACAAUUGCUUAAAGCUAGGAAUUACAAACAGCGGAGCAGAAGAUCAACUAUUACGACUUGAUGAACAAUGUGUAACCAGACAUUAUAAAGUAGGAGUCAUGUAUUGCAAAAGUGGACAGUCUACAGAGGAAGAGAUGUAUAACAACCAAGAAGCUGGUCCAGCAUUCGUAGAGUUCCUACAAAUGUUGGGACAGACAGUGAGAUUAAAAGAAUUUGACAAAUACAAAGCAGGGCUUGACAACCGAACAGACUCCACUGGACUGUAUUCAGUGUAUACUACAUACCAGGGUUGUGAAAUAAUGUUUCACGUUUCCACUAUGCUUCCAUACACGCCGAAUAACAGGCAGCAGUUGUUAAGGAAGCGACAUAUUGGUAACGAUAUAGUAACUAUAGUCUUCCAAGAACCCGGUGCGGCGCCUUUUACACCGCGCAAUAUUCGUUCUCAAUUUCAACACGUUUUCAUUGUGGUCAGAGUUAUAGACCCCUGUACAGAAAAUACUCACUAUAGUAUAGCUGUUAGUCGUGCGAAAGAAGUGCCUUUAUUUGGACCUCCAAUUCAGCAUGGUGCUAUUUAUAAGAAGGGUGAAGCAUUCACUGAUUUACUUCUAAGUAAGGUAAUUAAUGGCGAAAAUGCAGCUAUACAAUCGCCUAAAUUUAGUACAAUGGCGACACGGACACGCCAAGAGUACCUGAAGGAUUUGGCCAAAAAUUACGUUUCAGCAACUACCGUGGAAACGGGACAGAAGUUUUCCUUAUUCUCGUCAUUAUUAAUGAAAAGCGGCAGCAAUUCAAGUAACAACACGGUGGUGCCCCGCAUUGAUAAUUGCGCGAACCACGUUCUUGUCGGAGGAGCGCUCUGUUUUCACGUGCAAGUGCUAGACGAGGGUGGUGGCGGUUCGCUAUUGGAUUGUAUGAUGGGUGUGUCGUCCGACACUGUCGUGUUUGUGGAGGAUACGACGCGCCAGAUCAUAUUGGUUAUACCUACAGGCUCACUUCUUGGUUGGGUUGAGAGCGGAGAAUGGACGCGCGUAUACUACCACCGGGGGGAGAGCGUGCGGGUGCGGGCCGGCGGCGGGGGCUCUGCGUUACGUCGGCGACUCGCCAGUGUCGCGCCACCACAGGCCACCGCACUCCACGAGAUCACACUAGAGCGCGGCGCGGCACAUCAACUCGGUUUCCACGUGCAGCCGGACGGGCUGGUGACGGCGGUGGAGGGCGGCGGGUGCGCGGCCCGCGCGGGCAUCCGGCGCGGUGCUCGCCUGCUGGAGGUGUGCCGCGCCGCCGUGGUGGCGCUCGCACACGACCAGCUCGUCGACCUCCUCAAGACCUCCGACCCGGUCACGGUGACGGUGACGUUCGCGAGCAGCUCGCGGUGCGAGUGCGAGGCUGCGAGUGAGGAGUGGGCGGCGCCCGCGCGAGCUGACGCGCAGCAGCCGGGCCGUCCGCGACGCGCCUACGAGCGCGGACACUCGCCGCCGCGCUCCGACAGCUCCGGCUACGGCACCGGUGGGUCGGGUCGGAGCGCGCGGCGGUCGCCGCAGUCGUCGCCGGUGUCGGAGGCGGUGGUGCGGCGCCGCUCCCACGACGACUCGGCAGCUGCCUCGCCGCACGCUUCCCGCCACGCUCGCCACAAGCGCGCCUCUGCCAACACCAGCUCGCUCACGGAAGAAUUGAUGAGAAUAAUGGAUGCGGAACUCGGGGAAACUCGAUCAAGUAGCGUGGUUAGUACAGCAGCAGUCUCGAGCGGUGGCGGAGUGGCGAACUUGGGUGCUGUAAACAAUACAGGAGUGGCGAAUGUGCCGCGCGGACCGCCGUUACCGUUGCCCGACGCCUCUGCUCUCGACUGGGCAGCGCUGGUACAUACCGCUACUCGGGCCAUGAUGCAGAUCUGUGAAGAACAUCAAUAUCCUUCAAUGGACAAUGCAGACCCUUCUUUAGAAAGCAUAGCUACUGAACCCGUACCUGAUUCUUGGUCUGACAUACCACAGAGCACAGAGACGAUCGGGAAUAUUCCCGUUCCGAGUAAUGCUACAGUCGCAAAUAGUACAGUGGUGGUGAAUAGUACGAGCGGCGUGCCGUGCGCAUGUGGUUUGGCACCGCGGGUUGCGGCGCUGGAGGCCGACGCAGCCGCCGCACAGCGACACCAGCACCAACUCGAGGAGGAGGUACGGCGAUUACGACGUCACAAUGCACGUCUAAAAGAAGAGUCGGCGCGCGCUGUAUUGCAGUUACGGCAUUUCACGCAGUGGCUCAAGCGAACUGUGGAUCGACAGUGAGACAAAUCUCCGCAUAUGGCAAUAACUUAUAUUCCACACAUUUUCAAUUCAGGCUACGUGAUGUUUUAACCAAAUUAUGCCGCAUAUACAAACAACGCUGCCGACCGAACCUAAUUUAUGUAGGUAUAACUGAUUGAUUAAUUUUAUAUACCUACUACAGAUGCAUAAGUGGUUAAUAUUAAUAUAAUAUUAGUGUUCUAGUUAAAAAAACGAAUUCUUAUGAAUUAAGGUGACUUAUAAAAAUUUAAUAAGAUCCCCUUUCCUAGACCGUUAUAAGUUCUUUACAAAUUUUAAGUGAUACUUAAGUCGCGUCAAUUAGUAACAAAAGUAUACUAUAUGUGAAUCUAAGACAUGUAUCCGAUUCAAUACGGUACAGUACACCGCGGCACGAGGAAUGAGAUUCACGUUAAUAACAUCAUUUAUAUUACUGUUUACAAUUAUUAAAAAACCGGAGAUAAUAAUGGUCUACAAAUGCAUUUUUAUAUGUGAAAAACAUGUACUUAGAUAAUGUGUUAGUGAUAAAUAAAUAAUCGGAAGAAAAAAUUUAAAAGAUAUAACAUUCCAGAGACCUACUAUAUUAUGGAUUAUUUACGAAUUCAAAAUGCACUAGUCGGUGCUAACAAUGCUGAUAAAUCACCCAAUCAUAAAAAUGGAAAGUCCUGAUUUUCAAUCAAUCAAUUAAUUUCAUAUUAAUGAUUAUGUUAUUAAUAUAGAUGGACAAUAAAAAUCUUUAAUACUAAUACUGAAUUGCAAAAUAAGAUUACACAGUCUACUGGUAAAUCUGGCAGAUAAAGGAAUUAUUGAUUUAUUGAUUUUUAACACAGAUAAUAAUAAUACAUCUAUAAUGUCAAUUACGUCAUUUUCCUUUUUGUAAAAUCCCACAUAUAAUUAUGGGAAAACCAUGUCCGUUUAUUUUUACUUAUCGAUAUAAAUAACUGAUAUUAUUACAAUGAUAAAAGAGUAAUAACAUUAUCGCAGCGAUGUUUGUAUUUGUAUGUUAUCUGUACAUAAUCAGAUAAAACUAUUAGUGAUCAUUAUUAGUUAUUAAUAAAUUCACUAAAUUACAUCUGUAACACAGCACAGUGAAUUAUGCGCUAUCUUAUGAAUUUUGUGCCUUUUCUGUGCUUCUUUUGGAGCUAUUGUUUGGCGUUAUUUAUGUUUGAUAUAAGAUAUACAUACGAUGUUUUUGUUAUGAGCUGAUAUUAUAAGAACUAGGUAGGUGUAACUAUUUAUAGUCUAUUGGAUGUUGCAGUUUAGUUUCAUAUGGGUUGUUAUUUAGCUAUCGAGUUACAACAAAAAAAUUCGAAGGCACGUACCUACAUCAUUUUAUACAUUCUACGCAAUUCGUAAUAUUAUGUAUAUUACUAUUUUAGUAAUGAAAUUAGAUAAAAAAUGUAAGGUGAACACCAAUUAGGCUAUGCGAUCAUCUUUGUCAUUAGUGUAUAUAUACAAUUUUUUUUUUUUAAUAAAUUUUCUUUCAAGUACCUUAUAAGUAUUUAUUGCAUAAUAUAGUAUUACUCUUGUUAUUUGUUUAUAAAUGGUACUUGUGGUAAUACAGAGCAAUGGUACACACUAAUGACAAUGAUCAGUAUAAUUAUAAUAAGGAUUAUUCAAAUGUGUACUUUAAGUAGAUAUGGAUAUAGUAUGUUAAAUUAAUAUACAGACUUGAAACCUGCCAAAUAUUAAUACAAUAAGAGACAUGGAUUUUAGCACAAAUUGUACUCACUUUAUACACAUACUGUGACAUUUACUUUAUCUUAGAUAAAAUGGCUUAAAUCGAAAACUUAUUGCAUAAUACUAGUGGCUUUUACUAUUAUUAUAAAUAAUUAAUAAGGGUAAAGAAUUUUAUAUAGAAGUGAAUGUCAAUUGAUAAGUAAAGACGUAACGGAAAAA